CGUAAACAGCCGGCAGGUUCAACCUGAAGGGACUUUAAAGAGGUAAAGAUUUGUUAUUCGAGACUUUACAGCGAGGUCAGCUAGGUUAUGAGUAGCCCCAUGGCUAGCUCAGCCCUCUCCAGUUCUAAGGACCGACCCCCAUCUAGGACCAGCUUCAUCCCAGAGCUACAAGGAAUGAUGUUUGCUCUGGGAGACGCUUGCAGGCCUUUGCAUGAGACGGCUGCUCUGGUGGAGGACAUCGUGCACACACAGCUCAUAACGAUGCUGCAACAGGCUUGUGAGGGGGCGGUUCUUCGGGGAUCAAGAGUAAUUUCAACAGAGGACAUCCUCUUCCUGAUGAGGAGGGACAAGGGGAAGAUGUCUAGGUUGUUAAAAUACCUCCAGUUCAGAGAUUAUAAAUCAAAACUCCUUAAAACCAUCGAGGAUGAUGACUCCCAACAAGACAUGGACAGGUGGGGUGGUGCAGCUGGGAGUAGCCAGAGAAGGCAGCGAUUGGCUCAGGACUUCCUGAUGUGGAUGGAUCAGACAGGAGAGCUCCUGUCAUUGGCUGACAGACAGGAAACGGACCCUAUCAAACAGGAACGGCUAGAGCGUUUAGAGCGUCUGUCUAAGACUAUGGACCAGGCUCAGUAUUCAGAAUUCUGCGAGAGUCGACAACUGAGCUUUGCUAAAAAAGCAUCUAAAUUCCGUGACUGGCUGGACUGCAGCAGUUUGGAGCUAAAACCGAACAGCAUUGCCAUGGAGACCUUGUCAUACCUCGCCUAUGAGACUGUAGCCCAGAUUGUGGAUUUGUCUCUCUUGGUGAAACAGGAAAUGACAUCAAACAGCGAUCCUAUCAGUCAUGUGGUCUCUGCCAGUUACAUCCAUUACAGCACACACACUGAGGUGAAGAAGGACCCAGACUCCCCUGAGGCCACUCCCCCCUCCACACCGAGCUCCUCCCACUCUUCAAAGCCCCUCCUCCAAGGCAAUGGCAGUUUAGACGGACGAGCCAGACAGAGAAAACGGAAAAAGAGUUACCCUGCUACAGGGGAGCCUCUUAGUGGAGCCAUCCAGCCCUGUCACAUCAGAGAGGCCAUUAGAAGAUACAACUACAGACACACGACUGCCUAUCGUAGGAGUGGGAUGGCCUUCCUUGCCUGCUGAGGAUUUGGCGCCUCACAUAAAACACAGACUGAUGCUCUCGCCUUCACACACUUAAAUAUGCAUACUAAGACUUACCCACACACUGCAUACUCUCCCCUACAAGCUUUUACAGAUGACUCAAGACACAAACAGGCUGUCAUAAAUCCAAACACAAGAAUUCUUCAGUUCACACACAGUCAUUCACCUUUUUUAUACUAGAUGUGAUUACUGAAUGGACUGUGUUAAUUGUUUGUGCUUUUUUGUUUUGUUCUCUCUGUUUUUAUGUUUUUAGUGGUAUCAAGCGAAUUUUUGGAUGUGUAUUUUUAUCUUUUCUGUUGCACUGCUGUGGGGUGGGAGAAAUGACACUUUUUUAUUUAUGUGCGCAGGUACAUAAUGGAAAUGACAAACUAAAGCUUGAAAUCUUAAUUAGAAAAAUACAAUCUGCCAAGUCUUGUUAGUGUAAUCUUUUCAACACAUGAAUGUUUCAGAAAUGUCAUUAAUGAGCUGAGUUCAUUUAACAAUUAGAGAUACAACAAAUAUCAAUGUUUAUCAACAGUUAUCUACACACUGAUUUAUUGGACAGAAACUUUUUGCUCUAAUUUCUAAUUUACACCUUUGCAUUUCCAAUUGAAAUACUAAUAACAUGUUUUUCUGUAAUGAACCUGGCAUAAUACCAGUCUUGUUUUUUUUUUGUACCUGACUUGGUGUUGAGACAACAGGACACAAUUCUGAGUAAGAACUCUUAAUGUUUUGUUUACUUUUCUAGAACGUGUGGCAAUAAGAGCUUUAUUUGUGGAGAUGGCCAAAAUAUGUUCAAUGACAUUUGUCAAUAAAAACUCGUAUUUAGACAUUUUGCUGAUGAUCAUUGUAAUGAGUCUGUCUGUUCUAAGUAACAUUUCAAUUAUUCAACUGAUCCUAAUCCAGAAUGAGUCACUGUAUCCAUGUGUACUUCCAGCUAUGUAGAUCUAUU